AUGCCCCUCGGCGGCUCCAUCACCUACGGCAGCAAAUCCUCCGACGGCAACGGCUACAGAAUGCCGCUGUGCAAGCUCCUCGCCGCAGACGGUCACGCUGUCGAGAUGCUGGGCUCUCGACGGGCGGGCACCAUGGCUCAAAACCGCCACGAGGGGUGGCGCGGGUUCCGAAUCGACCAGCUCCAGGCCAAGGUUGUGCAGUCCGUAUCCGGGUUCUCACCGGACGUGAUUACGUUCAACGCCGGGAGCAACGACUGCCGCCAGCAGUACGAAAUUGACACGGCGGGCCGGCGGGUACGACACUUGCUGGAGGGGCUGUGGGCGGCGUCGCCGCGGACUACGAUUGUUUUGUCUACCUUGGUUAGGAGUGCGGACGAGAAGGCGGAGGAGGCGGUGUCGCGUGUGAAUGAACAGAUUUGGGGGAUUUCAGAGGAAUUGGUUGCGGCGGGGAGGAAGUUGGUGAUGGUGGAUAUGCAUGUUGAGGCGUUGGGUUUGGAGCAUUUGGCAGACGGGACGCAUCCCAAUGAUGAGGGAUACGCGGAGAUGGCGAGGAUUUGGUAUGAUGGUAUUAAGGAGGCUGAAUUGAAAGGCUUCUUGUUGUAG